UUUUUUAGGGGGGAGAGAGAGAGAGAGAGAGAGAGAGUGAGAGAAGAAAUCGUGGGAGCAAGAAAAGCAGGUUAUGCGUCAGCCGCUUCUCCAUGGGGAAACGUGGAGAUGAGCAGGAGAUGCCGAAGUGCAUCGAGGAGAGCAAAAGCAGAUGAUAUAGAUGGAUAUUAUCUCAUCAAGCUGAAGGCAACCCACGCAGAGGAUAAACCACUUAUGGACGCAGUGGAUUAAAGACCUGCAGACAGACUGAGGCAAGCCACAGGAGCAACACGGGCGGAGAUAUUCAUUUAUUCACUUAUUUAUCUUCUUUGUGUGUGUGUGUGUGUGUGUGUGUAAGUGUGUAUGUGAGACUGCAUUACUGCUUGCUGGCACUAUAUGGGCAGACCAGAAAAAAACAAAACGGCAAAGCACAAUUAAUUCAUAUUUGUUCCUGUACCCCCCCCCCCCCCCCUUCUUUCUAAGCAUGUGUUUGCUCCCUGGCUCUACGUGUGUGUGAAGCCAAAAGUGAGCCCCAGAUCGACUUAGUUGUGUGAUGUAAUGAUGCUACGCUUUAUCACCAAGAGCAGAGUUGAAGACAAACAUCAAUGUCCGAGGAAUGAAGUGCUUUUUCGAUCGAUCCGACAGCAGGUCACCCGCACGUGCAGUUGGGGCCUCGGUCCUGAUUGCGGAAGCCUAAUCUUGGAUGUUUGAUGAGCUGCCGUUGGGGAAACUUCUGUGCUCCACACGCCACAGAGGAGGAAGAGAAGGAGGAGGAAGAGGAGGAGGCGGCUGAAAGCAGGAAAGGAGGCGAGUGCUGUGGAUGGCGUAGGUCGGCCCGCGGCGGACCGCUGAAGCUUUCUCACGGUUUCAUCUCCAUCUGAGAGCGGAUCAUGGCAGCGAUGGGACCACCAUCCUCCUUUCCCACAGCUCUCAGGAGCCGGCAAGUUGCGAGUCGGUGCUCCGGAAAACCCAGUAGGAGGAUGGUGUGAAUUAUCUGCCAGGAGAUCCCUGACGCCCCUGUUCACGGCCACCUUGUUUCUUCUUCCUCAGUGUGGAAAGCUGAUUGCAUCUGAACACUGCAGGCUGUGUUGCACUGAGUGGGAGUUCUCUCCCUCCCACUCACUCCUCCCUCUUCUUCUCCUCCUCAUCGGACCUCCAGCUCAAACCCCAGCUCCAUGGACUGAUCCCUAUAGCACCAACCUGUCCUCGUUUCUUCUCCCUCUCUUUUCUUUUUGUUUUCUUUUUCUUUUUGUCGAGGCUUCGGGGGAUUUGCCGAGACCUGUUUCAUGCAUGUCCACUGGAGGCAGAUUCAACUUUGACGAUGGGGGGUCAUACUGCGGUGGGUGGGAGGAGGGCAAGGCGCACGGACACGGGAUAUGCACGGGUCCCAAGGGCCAGGGCGAGUACUGUGGCUCGUGGGCCCACGGCUUUGAGCUGUUGGGCGUCUACACUUGGCCCAGCGGGAACACUUACCAGGGCACCUGGGCGCAGGGCAAGAGACACGGCGUGGGCGUCGAGAACAAGGGUCGAUGGGUCUACAAGGGGGAAUGGACGCACGGCUUUAAGGGACGCUACGGCCUUCGGGAGAGCACCGGGAUGAGCGGCAAAUACGAGGGAACGUGGAACAAUGGGCUGCAAGACGGAUACGGCACUGAGACGUACUCUGAUGGAGGCACAUUUCAGGGCCAGUGGGUUGGAGGGAUGCGGCACGGCUAUGGUGUUCGUCAAAGUGUCCCAUACGGUAUGGCGGCCGUCAUCCGCUCCCCUCUCCGUAACUCCAUCAACUCACUUCGCUCCAGCUCGGAACAAAGUAACGGUACAGCCCUGCUUGACCGGAGUGGCGCAGGAGUUGCUGUUCCUCCCCCUCUUCCUGGUACCUUGUCCACCAGCGUCUCCAUGUGCAGUACAGGAAGCAGUGGCAGUAGUCCUGCAGUUUCUCGAGGGGGUUUCGUACUGACGGCGCACAGUGAAACUGAUCUCCUAAAGGGCAAGCGGAAGAGCGGACUGUUCAGGAGAUCCAUUCUGUCCGGGCUUAAACUGAGGAAGUCUGAGUCCAGGAGCUCUCUGGCGUCUCAAAGGUCGAAACAGAGUUCGUUCAGGAGUGAAGCUGGGAUGAGUACUGUGUCUUCAGCUGCGUCUGACAUCAACUCUACUAUCAGUCUCGGAGAUGCAGAUGCAGAGUUGGCAGCAGCUGAUGAUGAUGUGGACGCCACAGCAACAGAGACCUAUUGUGGGGAGUGGAAAAAUGACAAGAGGACAGGAUUCGGAGUUAGCCGACGGUCCGACGGGCUACAGUAUGAGGGGGAGUGGCUCAGCAACAAACGCCACGGCUAUGGCUGCACCGCAUUUCCUGACGGAACUAAGGAAGAGGGGAAGUACAAGCAGAACAUCCUGGUGAGUGGCAAGAGGAAGAACCUGAUCCCGCUCCGGGCCAGUAAGAUCAGAGAGAAGGUGGACCGAGCCGUGGAGGGAGCACAGAAGGCAGCAGACAUCGCACGCCAAAAAGCUGAGAUUGCUCUUUCCAGGACUGCUCAUGCACAGGGUAAAGCAGAGGCAGCUGUUGGAACGGCCCAGAAAGCUCAAGAGGAGAGUCGUAUGGCCAGAGUCACUGCCAAGCAGUUCUCCCCUUCUUUCCAGUACCCAGGAAAUGGCAUGGAAGUGCAACGUCCCAAGUGUCAAGUGUCCAGCGAAGUGGAGGGUGAGGUCUUGUCCAGUAGUGCCGGAACCGCAGACAGCCCGGACCUCUAUGUGAGGAGCACAGGCUCGGAAGACCCCUCCAAUGCCACGCCAGAUCUUAGUCCCCCUUCUUCAUCACCUCCCCACAGUCCCCCUGCCUUAAUUCGGCCAGCCAAACGCAGCAAAAGUGCUCGCUUUCACCGGCAGACUGCAGUCGACCACGGAGAUAGGGGGAAAGAAGGGGGAGAGCGGGGUGAGAAAGAAGGGCCUGGAGGGCAGACAGAAAUUCAGGUCUUGAUCGAGGGAGGCAGCAGGGAGAGUGAAGGUGGAGGAGGAAAAGUAGAGUACAUGCGGGCAAAAAAUUGGAUUGAGGAAAAGAGGAAAGGGCUCUUCCACAAAGGGGGAGGAGGACUUAGCGGACAAGGCACGAGCAGGACCAAUGGACACAAACACAGCUCCACCAAUCACAAGUCUCGGGACCAUAGUUCAUCUAAUCAUAAACAAACGAGGAGAGACAGAUGGACAGAGACAUCCACUUCUGCCUCUUGGACCUCCGGGCACAGGGGGGCGGACAGCAGGGGAGGACGGCUUCUCGAACAGGACGAAGAGAAAUUUAGCAAUUAUGAAAUGGAGAUGAAGCCUUUACAGCCCAGAGACUCCACUACACACAAGCCCUAUGGGCAUGCGGAGGAGAAGCACGUGCACAGUCAUUCUCACGGGGAGGGGCGCUCACACACAUUGCAACGACAGAGACAUAGGAACCGAGACGGGAGAGAAGGAAGAGAGGGCAAAGAGGGCAGAGAAGGCAAAGACCAGCUGGAGAGCGUCCGACUGGGUGACAAGAUGGAUUCUCGGCCUAUACGACGGGACCUCACCCUCUCCCCGCCUCUGAAGUCCUCGCCCAUUGCACCGGAGCAACAGGAUUAUGGACUCAUACAGCGCAAAGGCCACUCAGCCUACAGCGCUAUCCUGGUUGCCAUGGUGAUUCUUCUCAACAUCGGAGUGGCUAUUUUGUUUAUCCACUUUUUUAUUUAAGAAUAGCAUUGUUUUCGGAAUGAGCCUAGACAUGCUCCAACUAUAAACUUCUAUAGUUAUGAAGAGGGAUCUGCUGUCAAAUUUGUGUUCCUUGGAAACUGACUGCAAGCACCUGAAAAGAACGUGGAGGGCUAUAAUCCAUUUUGGCCCCCAAAUAUUUGGGUUGAAGGUGGCUAAUUUGCGUGUGUGUUCCAAUCUGAAUCCAGCUACCGUGAAGGCAACACUGCAGUGCAGAGUCCAACGGCGUAGAUGUAAGAAGGGGACAACGGCCUUGCUAAAGGGGCUGCAUAAUUCAGUCUGAAAACUGGACUAAAGUGAGCUUGAGUCGUUCACAUAUUGACUGAAAUUGGUCUGAUUGUCAGGCCACGGCGUUAUAGCAAGUAAUGCCUGCUUCCACUGUCUGGAGACAAAAUCUAUACCUUUUUCAUCUUCAAAUCAUAGUUUACAACUGAUUUGUCAUCUUUCUUUAUGAACACUUUCUCUCAUGUAUAAUAUGUUGAUAGACAUAUUUCUUUUGUAAGCCCUUCACUUCACUCUAGAUGACUCCAACUUGUUGCUUCUUCCGUCUGCCCAAACGUUCUUACUGAUGUAUUUCUUUCAUCUCUGUCAGGAAAGACAAAUGCGGGGACUGAAUUACAGCACCACCCAGAUACAGUCUUGGAGGCUGCCUGUCUGUGUCACCUCUCACACACACUCUCGGCUUGUUUCCCAUCCCACUCUUUCAGUCGGCGUCAUCUGUGUGAGAGUAAAGUGCAUGACUAUGGUGUGCCUCCACAAAGCCAUUGUAUGUUUGCAAUGAGCAGAGAGAGAACGUCUCAUAAGGACAUGUUCUCGACUCAUCCGCAUCCUGCAAACCAAUGCUUUCAGGCAGUGAAGCGCUCUCUUGUCUUUCCCUCCUACUCUUUUCCACGCCAGUCAUUGAACUGUACUUCCUCUGAGUUGGUGGUAGUUCAGGACAGACCCUCAUUGGCACAGCCUAAAGCCUGCUGUACAACUGGCAGAGGCUUUUUAGAGACAAUAUUCAAGUCUAUACCACUAUCAAUGAUUUAACAAGUGUCGGUCACCACACAGCAAUAUACACAAUAACCCAACUUCUGAAUGAAACUAAUAUGCACUGGAACCUUAAAAGACAAAUUUAAUUUGACCUUCUUUCAAAUCUUGAAUGCACAUUGCGAACUGCUCAAUUUUUUGGUACUCUUUGCACAACUUGCUGAUCUCCAGCAAGAAGCUGAAUGGCAAAAUUCACGAACGGUUAUUUGAUCGAAGAAUCUAACCAUACGUUUCCUGGAGACCCCAAAAAACUUGGCUUCCUUUUGAAGGUAUGAGUAUUCCGCUGACUCCAACAUUACAAUAACGCACUAUAGGAGGGCCAUGGCUGUGGCUGUCUCCCAACCUCAAGAUUCAGACCGCAGUGGGCCUCAUUCAAAAUAAAUCAGUGAACUGGUCUGCAUGCCGUUUUCCUCUGCUGUGGCUUGAUUGGCACAGGUGAUUUGGUGAUAUCGAACUUUAUAUCUGUUUUAUGUUCACAUAGACUAUAUUUAGUUUUUUUUUUUUUUUACCAUGUGCAGAACACUUUAAAUGUAGAUUGGGGUCUGGGGAACGCUAAGAUUACGUCCACAUGACUGAAAUCUCCUGUGACUGUGUACUGCCUCUGGGUAUAUAUUGACUUGUCAGCUAAUGGCUUUAUCUAGUAGGCUAAGGGCCAAGUUAGCGUUUGCAUCUGCUAUACACACUGCUGUGAUCAGAACUGCUGGUGAAAACGUAUGAAAUCGGAAAAGGGUCAGCAUUUAUAGUAAAUGUUAAUUAUCCAGGGAGCUGUUACUAUCUACACACAUAGACAGCAGGUUUCAACAGAAAUACAGAGAGACUGGAAGAGGCAUAAAAGUGGCCGUCCAUGGAAAUGUAGUGUCGAUAAAUGGCUCCAUAAUCUGUCGUGAAUUUUGCCUUUCGGGUCUUUGUUAUGGAACAGCGGGGUAUGCAAAAAGCAAUGAAACAAUGAGCAGUUGGACAGGUCCUUUCAAAUGUUGAGAGAAGGUCAAAUUAAGUCAUGGUGCCUCUUGGGUUCAUCCUGAAAUUCCAUCUGAAAGUCCAAUGUCACGUAACUUUUUGUGAGUGGUGUAUCUCUCACAAGUGGGUCUGAAGAAAGCAGCAAAAAAAAAUUAAGGUAUACCAGCAAGAUGUCUGCUAAAGUACGUCAACAAAUGUCUGACUUUUCUAGAAGGUACUAUAUUGGCAUAGUAAUCAAAUAAGUGGUCGUUAAGAAUUCUAUCGACUGAGUGGAACUGAAGAUUGAUGAAUCGCUUGUUGAACAAAAGUAGAAUUCCAUGUACCUCUACAUCGUGGCUGCAAGCGGUGAAAGUGCCGCCCCUUUAGCAAAGUAGUUUGUGAGUUCAAGAACAGCUGUGGAAAAUUGAGCUAUAUACUGUACACAAGGAGUAAGGCAUUUCCAUUGGGCAGCAUUAUCCUGCAUAGCACGGCAUCAGCACUAAAACACAAGUUCCAGUCAAAUCAAUGGUCUUAGUGAAUUGAAAAGCAAUUAAAAAAAAAAAGACUCAAGUAUUUGCUCAUUUCUCUUAAUUCCCGUCAAGGUUUUAUGGGGUCAAAUAUUAAUUAAUGCUUGUGUACUACUUUGUAAUUCCAUAGUUUUAUUUGAUUUGUUCAGUGACUGUGCAGGAAAUCUAUUGCAUUAAAAAAAACAACGCAUAUGACGUCUGAGUUAAAAUGCAUCUUCUUUACAUAUUACACAGUGUUAUCGGGCUGAACAGGUCUUGAUAAUAUUCCAAGCAGGCUGGAUUAAACCACUAUAAAUUUCAAUAUGUUUGCACAUAACCGUAAUGUGGUUAAAUUGUUGUACAAAGCAACGAUGACCAGAUUCAACGGUUGUAUUUUUAAUGUUUCACCAGAAUCAUAAGAUUCAGUGACAGACCAAAGUUCAUUAGUGUACUCUAAUAGCAAUCAAUCACUUUCCUGACUGAGUGCAGCAAAUUUGUUUCUAAAAUCCCUCUGGCAGAUCAGCACCUGUACUUGUUUGCAAGUUGGCUUUUAAUGAAAGUUCAUGGCAAUGUCUGAACAAUCGUGUGUGCAUCCUCCAUUCAUGUGAUGGGAUAAGAUGUCUUUGUCACUUGCUACCCGCAACUCUUUCAGGGGAUAAUGAGCUGCUGCUGUUUUUUCUGAAUUACAUCAUCUCAGUUGUUUUCUCAUUUCUGUCAUUUCCCCCAUCCUUCAUGUGUUAAAACCAUGAGGUAGAUCACAUUAAUUUCAUUCAGUUGGGUCGUAUACUAAUCUAAUAAAGGUUCUGUCGUCAUCAGCUCGGUGGCGAUGCCCCUGUUACACUGCAGCAUGUUGCAGCAUGCCAAGCUAACUCUAUAGUUUCAAUCGUUCUGUCUUCCUUUCCUUCCCCUGUUUUCUUUAUUUCUGGGAAUUACUCUGUUUUGGUUUUGUUUCAUGUGGAGAAAUUAAAGUGUUUAAAAUAAAAA